CGAUGCCGUUUCUCUGAGGUCUAAAUGAAACGCACCGUUUCGGGCUUCCCCAAACUCUAAACACCGUAGACUUAUUCUUCGUCUUCUUCAACCUACUGCAACUCACACUCGCAAGUCACAGUUGCCUCCAUGGCAGCUCCACCUCAAACCUUAACCCAACCCCAACUCCUCAAAACCCUAACCAACCUCUUGACCUCCACAAAAACCCUAAACCCAGAAACCCUAAAACCCCACAUUCCGCAUCUGACCCAACCCCUCCUCCUCUCCAUCAUCUCCUCCAAAACCCUAGCCUCCCAACCCACCACCCUCCUCUUCUUCUUCCGGUGGGCCCAGGCCCACACGCCCUCCCUAACCCAAUGCCCACAAACCCUCCUCGUCCUCCUCCCCUCCCUCUUCACCCACCACAAGUUCUCCGAUGCCAAAGCCCUCCUCGUCCAAUUCAUCGCCGCCGAUCGCCAGAACGAUCUCCACCGCCUUAUUCUGCACCCGGACCCCACCGUGCCGAAGCCCUCGAAGGCCCUUCUGGACACUUCCAUUGGGGCAUAUGUGCAAUCCGGGAAACCCCACCUUGCAGCCCAAGUGUUUGAUAAAAUGAAGCGGCUUCGGCUUCAGCCCAAUUUACUCACCUGCAAUACUCUGAUUAAUGGUCUGGUAAGGUACCGGUCCUCGCAUUCGAUUUCAUUGUCUAGAGGUGUGUUUAAGCAUGCUGUUGAGUUAGGGGUUAAAGUGAAUACGAAUACUUUUAACAUUUUGAUAUAUGGGUAUUGCUUGGAACAUAAGUUUAGGGAUGCUGUAGAGUUGUUGAGUAGGAUGAGUGAAUUCAGAUGCGUGCCCGAUAAUGUGAGCUAUAAUACGAUAUUGGACUGGCUGUGUAAGAAGGGGCAGUUGAAUGAGGCCCGGGACUUGUUGUUGGACAUGAAGAAUCGAGGUUUGUUUCCGAAUAGGAACACCUAUAACAUUUUGGUUUGUGGGUAUUGUAAGAUGGGGUGGUUGAAGGAGGCAAUGCAGGUGAUCGAAUUGAUGACACAGAACAGUUUGUUGCCGGAUAUUUGGACGUACAAUGUCUUGAUUAAGGGGUUGUGUAGGGAGGGUAGGAUUGAGGAGGCUCUGAGGCUUCGGGUUGAGAUGGAAAAUUUGAAGUUGAUGCCUGAUGUUGUCACGUAUAACACAUUGAUUGAUGGGUAUUUUGAGUGGAGGAGCAAUUCAGAGACCUUUAAGUUGAUUGAGGAGAUGCGUGCAAAGGGAGUGAAAGCAAAUGCAGUUACUCACAAUAUAAUAGUAAAGUGGUUCUGUAAAGAAGGGAAGCUGGAUGAAGCCAGUGAUACUUUAAGGAAGAUGGAGGAAGAUGGGUUUGCUCCUGAUUGUGUCACUUAUAAUACUUUAAUUAACGAGUAUUGCAAGGCAGGGAAAAUGGCAGAAGCAUUUAAAAUGAUGAAUGAGAUGGGUAUGAAAGGUUUGAAGAUGGACAUCUUUACUCUCAAUACUCUUCUUCACACUCUUUGCAGUGACAAGAAGCUUGAUGAGGCAUUUGAGUUGUUUCAUACUUCAACUAAGCGGGGUUAUAUUCUUGAUGAGGUAAGCUAUGGAACCUUGAUCACGGGAUGUUUUAACGAAAAGGCCAACAAGGGUUUUGAGCUUUGGGAUGAGAUGAAGGAGAAGCAGGUUGUUCCCAGCAUUGCCACCUAUAACACUAUAAUUGGAGGGCUCUGCCAGUCUGGAAAAACUGAUCAAGCAUUCGACAAGUUGAAUGAGCUUGUAGAGAGGGGUCUAGUCCCUGAUGGAACUACAUACAACACGAUAAUUCAUGGUUACUGCCGUGAGGGGAAUGUUGAGAAAGCAUUUCAGUUCCACAACAAAAUGAUUGAGAAAUCAUUCAAGCCAGAUGUCUAUACAUGUAAUACUCUUCUUUGUGGGCUAUGUAGAGAGGGCAUGUUAGAAAAAGCUCUGAAGCUUUUUAACACAUGGAUUUCGAAAGGAAAAGACAUUGAUGCAGUUACUUACAACACAUUAAUAUCAAGCCUUUGCAAAGAGGGAAGGUUUGAUGAUGUUUUUGAUCUAUUUUUGGAAAUGGAAGAAAAGAGAUUUGAACCGGACCAGUAUACAUACACUGCCAUUUUGGGUGCACUUACUGAUGCUGGUAGGAUCAAGGAAGCAGAAGAGUUUAUUUUGAAAAUGAUUGAUAUGGGAAAGUUACCUGGUUUGCCCUCAAAAUUGGAGGAGGUGAAAAAUGGAGUGACCGAAACAUCAGUUGAAUCUGAUUCAAGCACAGGUGCUUAUUCAGAGAAAAUCAUUGAGUGUUGCUUUCAAGGUAAAUACAAGGAUGCAAUGCACAUUUUGGAAGAAUCAAUGCAGAAGGGCAUGACCUUAAGUCGAGAUGUUUAUAUUAAUUUGAUGAAUGGGCUCAUUAAGAGGCGAAAAGGCACAUCAAAGGCUGUUAAGCUGUAAUGAGACCUUAGGCUAUUUUUGACAAUGUCAGAGUGCGCGAGCCUUGCCUGCGUGUUCUAUUUGAAUUUGACAACAGCUGGACCAGUAAUGACGAAGCCAAGGGAGAUCGCAACAAUAUUAUUUUGCUAAUAUUUUUAUUCUUUUUGGGUAUGCAACUGGAGCAAAUGCAAAUUGGUUCACAUGAAAUGAAUGAUGUUUCUUUGUCCAUGCCAUUAAAUAUGAGGUGUGGUCGGGUUCAAUUAAAGGCAGGGCAUGGAAUCUUGUUCUCCAUCUGAGACCGCAACUGAGAAUAAAUGGCAGCUGAAAGUGGGCCUAGUUUUCGUGAAAGGCGUUUCUUAUGGCUGAUGCGAGGAAAAACUGGUUCACGAGGUUAGCAAUAAUCUGCACGAUGUAAGAAUCUAGUUCAGUUCUCUUUCCAAUGUUCUUUAUUUGAGAAUGCUAGAGGGAAGAAUGAAGUUGGUGAGGUUCCGUAUCAGCCUACCAUUUCGUACAAAAGGAAGUUUUCCCUUAGAACAGACCGUGAUGUUAAAAAAGUGAUAUGUGUCCUCUUGCAUCUUUCUUAGCCUUUUGGACAAGAUUUGAAGGUUUUUUUUUUGCAUCGUUAUUGACAAUGGCGAUUUCCGGGGUUUAAAGCACGUUCAAGUAUAAUACCAUCACCAAAGACUAAUUCUCCCCGACUUCCAGACUUCCAAAACCAUUCGUCUUACGAAAGAAGGGAAAGCCAUGGUCAAUGAAGGGCUGAAAGGUACAUUACUCAUCACAUAUGCCUGUCAGAAAUGAAUUAGACGGUACUGAUUCCAUCGGUUCCGAUUCAUUUCGUUAGGGUUGAGCUCCAGAAAACUGUCACCUCCUCGCCUUCACGAGGAUCCCUGCAAUUUCUGGUGCAAUUUGUGCUUUUCUGUAAAGUUACUUGUCAAUAAUGAAAGGAAGAUAGCUGUAUUGAAUAAAGCUGAAAGGGUUGUAUGCUUUUGCACUCUGUAUCAUAGAUGAACUGUCUUAUUUCUUCCUGAAAAAGAAAAAAAAAAAAGGAGCCGUGUAAAUUAAGCGUUUGGAUCAUGAAGAUUAUGAAGGAUGCUUGGUAGCAUCUCCUAACCUCUA